AUGUUAAAAAAUAAAAAUAUUUUAACUAAUUUAUUAAAUAAUAAUAAGAAAUCAUUUAUUGGAACUAGUAUAAUAUUUAUUGCUUUUUAUUGGGUUUAUAAUAAUUAUAUUAAACAAAUCGAUAAUAAAGAUAAAGAUAAUACUGAAAAUAAUAAUGAAAAUAAUGAAAAUAAUAAUAUUGUUUUAAAUAAAACAAAUGAUAAUUCCAAUAUUGUUAAAAAAGUAAAAUUUAAUAAUUUCUUUAAAUUAUCAAAUGAUAUUAAAAUUCAUGUUUUAAGUACACCAAAAGAAUGUGAUUUAAUUUUAAAUGAAUUUUAUCAAUCAUUAUUAUUAAAAAUGAAUGAUGAUAAAAAUUCAUCAUCAUCAUCAUCAUCAUCAUCAUCAUCAUCAUCAUCAUCAUCAUCAUCAUCAUCAUCAUCAUCAUCAUCAUCAUCAUCAUCAUCAUCAUCAUCAUCACCAAUUAAUACAAAUACAAUUAUUGAUGGUGCAGAUAUAUUAAAUCAACAACAAAUAACAACAGAAUCAAAUGCGUUAUUAUUCCCAAAUUGUAGUGAAAUAAACAAUGAUGGUUUAGAUUUUAUAAUUGGUUUUGAUGCUGAAUGGAGUAAUUUUAAUUCUAUUGAUGAUUCAACCACAACUACAACUACAACAUCAAAAUAUAAUCAUAAAGUUGCAUUAAUUCAAUUAUCAAGUAAAAAUGAAACAUUUUUAAUUCAAGUUUCACAAAUGGAGAAAAUUCCAACAUCAUUGGAGCAAAUUUUAACAGAUCCUCGUUUAAUUAAGGUUGGUGUCGCAGUUUCACAAGAUGCAGCAACUAUUUUUCAAACAUUUUCAGUUGUUACAAAAGGUUGUGUUGAUUUAGUACCAAUUGCAAGAUUGACCAAUUAUGAAGGAAAUGGAUUAGCAAGUUUAGCAUUAAACGUUAUGAAUGUAACAUUGGACAAAUCAAAUUUAAUUCGUUGUAGUCAUUGGGAGAAUAAGGAUUUAACAAAUGAUCAAAUUCAUUACGCAGCAGCUGAUGCAUGGGUUGGUAGAGAAAUAUUCGAAAUUAUGUAUAACACUUAUAAAAACUCAAAAACUGAUCCAAAUGAAAAAGAUUUAAUUUAUACAUUAUGUAGACCAUUCAUUAAUACAAGUUUUAAAGUUAAAGUUGAAAAAUCAAAAAAUAACAAUACUGGUAAACCAAAUCCAAAUAAACCAAUUAAAGAAAACAUGUUAAAGAAAACUGUACCUGAUAAAAGAGUAUUAUAUGAUAAUUGUUUAAUGUAUAGUCCUGAUGAUGUAUUAUUGUGUAGUAUUAGUAAAAAGAAAGUUGAAUGGUAUGUUAGUAGACAAUUGGCAGAUAUAAUUAAAGAAGAACCAUUAUCAAUUAAAUUAAAAUUCCAACCACAUGGUGAAGGUCAUUCAGGUGACGAUUAUUAUUUAGCUCAUAAAGAGAAUAUUUGUGUAGUUUGUGGUUCAACUCAUAAAAUUCUUCGUCACUCUGUUGUACCACAUUGUUAUCGUCAAUAUUUACCAGAGGAAAUUAAAAGUCAUUCCUCACAUGAUGUAUUACUAUUAUGUUGUGAUUGCCAUGCUAAUAUGGAUAAAAGAGCUCAAAUUAUGAGAAUGAUGAUUGCUAAACAAUAUAAUGUACCAUUAGAUAGUGAAAAUAAAGUUUAUAUCACUGAUAAUACUUUAUUAAAAAUUACUAAAAUGGCAUUAAUUGUUAAAAAUCAUUUUUAUCAACAACAAGAACAACAACAAGAAGAAGAAAAAACAAUAAUAAAUGAAGAUGGUAGUUGUAGUAGUAGUACAAAUAAAAUUUCAAAUAAAAAAUAUAAAUCAAAUAUACCAGAAUAUAAAUUAGAAGAAAUGAAGGUUGAAGUUGCAAAUUAUAUUGGAAAGAAAGAAAUUGACUUAAAGGAUCUUGAUCAAUUAAUUUAUUUAAAUCCAAAACAAAAGAAUGAAAAUUAUAUUCCACAUGAAAAACAAGUUAUGGAAAAAGUUUUAGCUUUGGGUGAAAAAGGUAUUUUUGAAUUUAUUCGUAGUUGGAGAAAAAAUUUUAUUGAAACUGUUCAACCAAAAUUCUUAUCACAACAUUGGUCAAUCAAUAAAGAUAUUUUAAAUAAUUAUAAACCAAAAAAUCAAAAACCAAAACAAAUUCAAUUACAAUAA